CCGCCGGACUUUCAUAAACACCGGUUUCACACUAAGGAGGGCCUGAAUGUGGGGAAGACUAGGAUAAUUUCCUAGCCCUUCGCACAGACAUCGUCACCACUAUAAAUGUGGGGGCUGGUAGCAGUUUUUGAUGGCUUAGCGGCCGUUUACCAGGUCCAACAUGGGGAAGGAGAGGAAGUGCAUUCUCUGUGACAUCGUCUAUAACUCCAAGCAGGAGAUGGAUGAGCACAUGAGGAGCAUGCUGCACCAUCGAGAGCUGGAGAACAUUAAAGGCCGGGACUGCGACCACGGGUGCCGCGUGUGCCGGGUGUCGGUGGCGGGCCUGACGGCCUACGCCGGGCACAUCUCCAGCCCCCUGCACAAGCAGCGCGUGGAGGAGGAGCAGGAGCGCGGCGCCGCCGCCGCCGACGGGCCGGAGGAGGAGGAGUACUUCGACAAGGAGCUGGUGCAGCUCAUCGAGAAGCGCAAGGAGCAGAUCCGGAAAGAAGAAGAGGCGGCAGCUAAGCAGGCCCAGGAGGAGGAGCAGAGGAAGCUGCAGCAGCUCAAUGCAGAGAGGCAGUGGUUCCAGCAGGGGGCGCCCUGGGGCUGGCCCCCCCCGGGUUUCCCCUCGGCGCCGAGGGGCCCGGGCGGGGCCAACUGGCGGGGCCCGGGCGACAGGAGGAACUCUGCAAGAGGACACCAAGGCGGGGCGUGGCACCACCCCAGCGGGGGACCGAGAACCUGGAACCAAGGCAACCAGGACCAGAGCGCCCCCUGGCGAGCGGAGGUCCCGCCGCUCCUGCAGAACUGGGGCAGAGGAGGAUGGGGGGGCAAACGAGGGGGUUACCAGGGCUUCUCCUCCAAAAAGAAGGGCGGCGACGCCCUUUAUAGCGGGUUCUACUGGGACCCGAGCGCCACGCCCUACCUGGACGGGAUGGACUCCGCGCUGGCCAUGGACUUCACCAGCGACCAGCUGCCGCAGUCCGGCGCCCUCGAUUUCAGCAGGGCGCCCCACGGCUGCCCGGACGCGCCCCCGGGGUGGGAGGGGGGGCACCAGGCCCGCCGGGGGGCGCACCAGAGCAGGGAGAUGCCCAACGGAGACCGCGGCAAAGCCAGCGGCUCCAAAGACCGGCUGUACCGCUGGUCCCCCUACCCCCCGGCCAAGCUCGGGGACGCGCCGGCCCAGAACGAGGAGGGCAGGAGCCCGGCGGCCGGCUACGGGACCGUCCCGUCCGUGCAGGUGAAAGACCUGAAGCUGAAGUUUGACUUCGUGCUGGGCACCAUGCAGUCCCAGGACCCCCCCGGGAGGAGCCAGGCCCCCCCCAAGAGCAAGGAGGGGCCGGGGAAGAAGCAGCGACAGCGGAAGGCAGGCCGCGUUGGCGGCGGCCGGCGGGACGACCAGAUCCAGGCCGCGCAGAAGCCCGCCGCGCCCGCCGAGCAGGCCCCGGAGAAGGCCUCCUCCACCACCUCCAGGCCCGUCCCGUACCAGAAGCCCUCCAGGUGGGACUGCGAGUUCCCCGCUCCCGCUAAGCUCUUCCGCCGGCCUGGGCUGGACGCGGGGGCGCCGCCGGGCAGGAGGGGGUCGGCCGACACGUCUGCAGCGGGGGCUCGCACGGCGCCGAGAGAGGAGGAGGAGGAGGGGCAGGAGGCGGAGAGCUCGGAGUGCAGGGCGGGACGAGACUGGGACGGGAGGCGCAGGAACAGCGGGGUGACCCCGCCCUCGUUCGGCAACCCCGGCGGCCCCAGGCGCAGCUCCUGCCCCCGGGACGAUUCGACGGGUUCCGGAGGCCCGCACCCCGCCCAGGCCCUGUCCCUGCAGUCUGUGCAGGUGAGCACGUCCACCUGCGACACCCCCGAAAGGCCGGAGUCCCCACCCCGGGCAGAGGAAGAGGAGGAGGAGGAGGAGGAGGCGGCCCGCGAGGGGAAGAGCGACAGGGAGCCGGCGGCGCAGGCGACGGACGAGGGGCUGGGCUCGGACAGCGACGCGUCCCGCCCCGGCCCCGCCCAGCCCGCGGGGGUGCCCGACCUGAGCAAGCUGGGCCUCCCCGCCUCCCUCAAACGGGACCUGACCCGCCACAUGGGCCCCAAGGGCAAGGCCGGCGCCCACGAGCCCAACCUGAACAUCGCCCGGCGGAUCCGGAACCUGAGCGGGGCGCGCAAGGCCGAGGCCGAGAAGGACUCGGGCCUCAGGCCCACCCUCCGGCAGCUCAUCAGCUCGGCCGGGGCCCGCCGAAACGUCAACUGGGACCAGGUGUACCAGGAGGUCAGCCGCAAGAAGCAGGAGCAGGAGAAGGGCAUGCCCAGGUUUGGAAUUGAGAUGGUGACGUCGGUGCCCUUUGACCCGGAAGGCCUCGAUGGGGGGGAGGAGGAUCUGUCGGAGGGGUACCACUGGGCCUCCAUCUGUGAGCCUCUCUCCGCUGUCCCGGGGGCGGGCCCACGCAAGCGCAGCCUAUCGGAGAGCAGCGUGGUGGGCGACCGCACCUCCAGCGCCCUCUCCCUGUUCGCGUCGCCCGCCCCCCCCAGGGACCGUCCCGACGGGCCCCAGGGCGUCGCCUCGCGCACCCCCGGGAUGGGCGCUGCGGACGCCGAGAAGGGGGCGGAGCCGGGGGAAGCGAUAGCCGGAUCCGUGGAGGGGGACAGCAGCUGCACCUCGGAGGCGGAGCAGAACGACGCUCAGGGCCUGGGGAAGAAACGCAGAGCCGCAGGGGAAAUUCCAUCUCCAGAAAUUCCCAGUUUGGAGCGGAAGAAUAAACGGAUGAAAGUUAAAUGUAAAAAAGAACGCUCGCAGGUGGACCAGCUGCUGGCGGUGUCGCUGCGGGAGGAGGAGCUGAGCAGCUCGCUGCAGGCCGUGGACAGCAGCCUGAUCCAGGCCCGCGCCGCCCUGCAGGCCGCCUACAUGGAGGUGCAGCGGCUGCUGGUCGUCAAGCAGCAGGUUACCAUGGAGAUGAGCACGCUGAGGUCCCAGCGCAUCGAGAUCCUGCAAGGCAUGCAAGAUGGUUACAGUGGCUCCGCCCCCCCAGGAGAGAAGAACAGCAGCAUGGAUACCGCUGCAGCCGCCAACCCUGCCCCUGCCCCCGCCCCCGGCCCUGCCGCUGUCCCCUUCGUUGCCCCCUCCACCUCCGCUCUGCUCAGCCCCUUUUCCCCAAACAUCCCGGCGUUCCCCCCCGGCCAGUCCUCCCCAGCCUUACUGCCCCCUGUCCUGCAGCACGCUGCCCCGCCCGCCUCUCUGUCCCCCGCCUAUCCCGCCGCGGCCCCCCCGCACAUCAAGCAGGAGCCCACGUCCCCGAGCCAGAGGAGCUCCCCUGUAGAAAACGCCCACAGCGCCCCCUAUGGGACGGCACCAGAACCUCCACUCGCCUCCUCCCUCACAGAGCCCGCCCAGCCCAGAUCCUCCAUGUUCCAGUCGCUAAGUGAGCGGCGUCGCGCUAGCGUUAGCUCUCUGGACAGCGGGACGGUGUCCACGGAGAGCAGGCUGGACCGCGUGAGGGAGCCCUGCUGCCCCCCGCAGGAGAGGGGUGUGCUGGCGUCCCGAGCUGGCUCUUUCACCGUCCCGGAGAAGCCGGGCGUCCCCCUGUCCCGACGGCGGGACUCCCAGACCGGGGCCGCGGACCGCACCGAGCCCCCCGCCGAAACCUCCACCACGGGCGGGACGUUCCCCCCGCCCCCCGCCGAGCCGGCCGUCCCGGCCCCGCCCUCCCCCGCCCAAACCGAGCCCAGGGCCGGUAAGCGCGUGAGGAAGCUGAAGAAGAAGAGGGCGCUGAGGAAGAGCCCCGGGGCGGAGCAGCCCGAGAACAGCGACACGGAGCAGGACGGCGACGUCUCCUCGCGCCCCGUCCGCAGGAUCAGGUGCAAGAGGAAGGCCAAGGGGGGGGAGCAGGUCAGCACCUCCACCCCGGCCGGGGCGGGGCAGGCGCAGCCGCAGGAGGAGGAGGGGGAGGAGCCCCGGGAGACCCCGCCCCCGAAGCCCGCGGCGGAGCAGGGAGGGGCCGACAGCGACGACUCCUCCUCCCUGGAGAUGGUGGAGCUCCCCCAGCCCGGGCCCCUCGAGGUGGUUGCCAUCGACGACUCGUCCGACGACGAGACCCGGCCGGUUGCCGCGGAAAUGGCCGAGGCCCCCCCGGCCCCGGACGCUUUGAAGGCCGAGGCCCCGAACCUGGCCUGCGACGAGGUCAGCUCCACCAGCGAGCUGGACACCACCGCCAGAACCAAGGCCUGCGCCAGCCAAACCCAGCCACCCCCGACCACUGUGAGAAAAGCUGAGGUGAACUCAGACGUGGCCUCGGAGGCCGGGGAGGAGGAGGAGCCCUCGGAGGGCUCGUUUGAGGGGCACCAGGCGGCUGUGAACUCCCUGCAGAUCCACGGCGGGCAGCUCUUCACCUGCUCGGGCGACCGCACCGUGCGAGCCUUCCACCUGGCGAGCCGGAAGUGCGUGGCGGUCUUCGAGGGCCACAGCUCCAAGGUGAACUGCCUGCUGGUGUCCAGCGGGCCGGGCCUGCAGCAUCGGCUCUACUCCGGCUCCAGCGACAAGACCAUCCGCUGCUACAGCCUCAAGACUCAGGAGUGUGUGGAGCAGAUGUCUGUGCCGGACCGGGUCCUGUGCCUGCACAGCCGCUGGAAGGUUCUGUACGCCGGCCUCGCCAACGGCAACGUGGUCAGCUUCAGCCUGAGGAGUAACCGGCAGCUGGACGUGUUCGAGUGCCACGGGCCGCGGGCAGUCAGCUGCCUGGUGUCGGCGCAGGAGGGAGCGCGGCGCCUCCUGCUGGUCGGGUCCUACGACUGCACCAUCAGCGUGCGGGACGCCAAGAACGGCCUACUGCUGCGCACCCUGGAGGGGCACACCAAAACCGUGCUCUGCAUGAAGGUGGUGAAUGACCUGGUCUUCAGUGGGUCCAGCGACCAGUCGGUCCAAGCGCACAACAUCCACACGGGGGAACUGGUGCGCAUCUAUAAGGGCCACAGCCACGCGGUUACCGUGGUAGCCAUCCUGGGGAAGGUGAUGGUGACGGCGUGUCUGGACAAGCUGGUGCGCGUCUACGAGCUGAAGUCCCACGACCGGCUGCAGGUGUACGGCGGACACAAGGACAUGGUGAUGUGCAUGGCCAUCCACAAGAGCAUGAUCUACACCGGCUGCUACGACGGAAGCGUGCAGGCCGUCAGACUGAACCUGAUCCAGAACUACCGCUGCUGGUGGCACGGCUGCUCGCUGAUCUUCGGCGUGCGGGAGCACCUGCAGCAGCACGUGCUCAGUGACCACGCCAGCCCCAGCUUCCAGACACUCAAGUGCCGCUGGAGGAGCUGCGACGCUUUCUUCACCGUGCGCAACAACACCCACGAGGACGUCCCCCUGCACAUGCAGAGCCACGUGGAGGCCGACAGCAAGCUGGAGCCCUGACCAGCAGGGGGCGCCUCUCUGCCGCCCCAUAUUGGGAAGACCUCACGCGAAAAAACCCCACCAGGUGCUUCACAUCUGUGACCGUGGGGGCCUGGUCUUCAAAGCUUCAGGCGGCAGAUUUGACGGGAGAAACUCCGUUUCUGCCCUUAUAUGGCGCUUUGGAAAACCCCUCCCACCGUCACAGAUGGACAGUACUGUGGAUGUUUACUGGACUCGCCUACGGUGUCCAGGUUGAACCAAUCACUUCUUUACAUCUAGCUCCUCCCUCUCCACUUAUCCAAUCCUUACCCUUCCCGCCUGAACCUUGGAACUUGGAGAGGGGGCGAGGAGAGAGUGAGAGAGUGGGCGGAGCUACUAUUAAGGGGAGGGGCCAAGUGGCAGGUAUUCUGCCAGACAGGUAUGGUGGGGUGGGACUUGUUUUGCCUUGUUUUGCCCUGCUCUGCUCUGUUGUACCACCCUGGCGUGAUCUCGCCCUGCCCACCCUUGCCCAGAUUGACAGACGGACGGACGGGUCGAUGAUGGUGCUAACGUUAGCGUAGUCCCAUGGGAAAGCUGUGGCUCCUUAUUUUACCUGUUAGCAGCGGGAGGACGGGGCAGGCUCGAUCCCCUGGGCUCUCUCUGCAGUGGGGAAGGAAAGAGCCUGUUGCUGUCCCCCUCUGCUCAUUUGUUCUGUCUGUAAUCAUGCUGUCGCAGCGUUGAGUUAUAAAUCCAUAGACCAAAUACAUUCACUCAAUCACGUGCUUUCUUAAAGAAGAUAACGCUUCAGGACAGGUAUGAGUGUUGAACUGUUGUGUUUUCCCCAUAUACACACACACGCACACACACACACUCACACACAGACACACACACACACACACGUACACACAGGCACACACACACACACGUACACACAGACACACGCACACACACACACGUACACACAGACACACACACCCACGUACGCACACACUCACACACACACCCACGCACGCACACUCACAAUCACUCACCGAUAGCUGUGAACACACAAGCUGUUCUGGACAGCCCUCAGGUUAGUUGACGGUAUGGCAUGGGUUUAAGAGAGCGUUUUAUAGCCCGUUUUACGAGUGUUGAAACUGUGGUGCUGGUGUUACGCUGAGCAACUCUACCCUUCCGUAUCUUAUCUUAUAUGGUCUGUUUUUAAUUGGAUUCGGACUGUAGGUGCCCCCGCCAGCGAAGUCGUGCUGAGCGAUGGGUAAUUCCCAGCGGUGAUGCUGUAUCGCCAGCGUGUGAUACUCUGCUGCUGAUGAAGCCCAUUCCUGUUCCAGCCGCUUCCCCUGGGCCUCUACGCGUCUGAACUACAUUUAGACAAUUGUGUAGUACAUUUAGGCUAAAAGUUACUGUUUUGAAGUUUUGAAGCAGAAUUCUUUCAUUUUUUUCCUUCCAUUGUUGUUUUUAAUUAUGCUUCACCUAUCACAAGCAUUUUUUUUUGUUUGUUUUUUGGGUGUUCGUUUGGUUUGUUCUCCGUCUUUAUCUUCGUUUUCGACGGCUCCGUUUCCGGAGCGCGUUCUCUUCAGAUUGCUCGCGAGACGCCACGUUGCCGUGGAGACGUGCGUAGAUGAGCGUGCGUGAGUGUGGCACCACUUGGUUUGAAGUGACGGUCAAAAGGUUUGCGAUUUGCAGUGGCGGUUAGAGAGCACAGGGACGGAGGUCUGCGCGUUCCGUGUGAACAGACGAGUACGUGUACGUGGGGAUGUUUUUUUUCCCCCUUAGAGGCUGUGUGAGUAUUAUUUUUGUUUUGUUUUGUUUUUUUUUGGUUUUAGUGUGGAUAAUAACUGGAGUGACUGUUUGGUUUGAGAAUUUGUUGUGGUGUUCGCCAGGGUGUCAGAAGCCUUGUGGGCCCUACACCUUGAGUGCAGGGUGACCAUUUUAAAAUCUUAAUAUCAUUGCUAUAUUAUUCAUCACUGAUAUUUUCAUACAGUGACAUCAGACAUACAUCCGUAUCUGCAGGCUGUUGACAUCAGACACAAAUCAAAAGUCUCAUGAGCUGGACUGCUCUGUUCGCUCUAGUGGCGUGCGUUUCCUAGUGUCCUAUGGGGUAUUUCUUUCCCCCGUUGACUUCUGGGUAGUCCAGCUUGUGACUUCUGCCCGAUCAGUCACGGCGAGACGUGUGCAGAUCUGUCUUUCUUUGAAUCGGAUAGGCCUGUCUUCGCUCUCUCGUCGGCACGGCUACUGUUCUCACUUUCCAUUGGCUCGGAAUUCCGCUCCCAAAUCCAGUAUCUUCCAUAUUUUAUUACAGUUCACCAGAUAGCCUUAUGAAAUCACAGACGAAAGAAAAAAAAGAUCAAAGGAUAAUUAACUUUUAAUUUUUUUUUUGUUUGAGUGCUGUUGUUUGUUGGGGUUUUUUUUGUUUUGUUUUUUACAUUGGAUGAGUGGUUUUUGUACUUACCAGUAAUUGUAACUGAACUGGGAGAGAUUUUGUAUGGGCUCGCCUGGCGGGCUUUUUUCUUUUUGUUGUUGUUGUUUUAUUUUUGAAUGGAGUGACAGUUGACGGCACAGCCGGGGGAAGAGGGCCGACCGCUCUGCCCCUCAGGAAAGGGCUCUACGGCCGUGUUUGUGCGUUUGUGUGAGGAGGCGAAGAGGAGGUGAACAGGGGAGGUGUUUUUAUAGGGAGAACACAGAGCCAGACUCUCCCCAUGCCAUACGCCCACAACCUAUUAGAACAGAACCACCAGGCCUGGUACACACACACACACGCACACGCACGCACGCACAACACACACACACGCACACACACGCAUGCAUGCACAUAGCACACACACAACACACAAUACACGCACGGCACAUGCACGCUCACACACACACACAAAUGCACAUAUGCGCACAGACAGACAUCGACAGAUGUGCACACACACAUACGCACACCAGGCCAGGCGCAGUUUGAUCCAACAUGACUUUCAAACAGCAAAACCAACUUUAUUAACGGAUUUUGUAGAAAACAUAUUUUGUCAUGUCCUUGAAUCUAAACACCAGUUCAAAGCCAGUUACUAUCAGUCAUUGUAGUUGUGUUGGCAGCUCAAGGUUCUACACGGUGACUUGGGAGGUUAAGAGUCUGUUCUUGGUGGUGACAUUGUGGCAGACUCGAAAUCCUUCAACCUGAGUCCCUUACCUUUAAACUCCUUUCCCUUUAAAUCCUCUUUUUUUAAGGGUCACGACCAUUUCCUCGUGUUGUUUAGGCAUAGGGGAGCAUACAGGUGUCCUCUUACCUGCUUUCCCUGAGGUCCUUUAACAGAAGUAUGUGUUCUACCUGUCGGCACCCAGUUCUGCGUGCCAAGCUCUUUGUUACCGACAUUUUCUAAGAAAAUUAUUAUGAGCAAAAACGGAAAUAAAAAAAAAUCUUUGAAACAUU